AUGUCGUCGUCGCGUCCCCAGCCGGGUCGUCUGUCCAACGGCUACGUCGACCUCACCUCGCCGCACGUCGACCUGCCCGACUCGGCGUCGCCGCCGCGACGACGGAAGCGUGAGUCGCCUGCGCCAGGCCCAUCCACGAAGCGCCUGAGGCGCGCGGGCGGUGCAGCGGCGGCGGAGAGCUCCAGCCGCAGGACCCCCGAUUCCCCAAUCGAGCGGAUAGACCUCUCGCAAGACGACGAUGACAUUCUCAACGUCCUCACGAAGCAGCGGGAGCAGGCCGUCAAGGCCCAGGCUAGGCCGACAGAGACAGUCACCACCUUCAACAGCUUCAACUGCGUCAUCUGCAUGGACCGCCCCACCGACAUCACAGCCACAGCUUGUGGCCACCUCUUCUGCCACACCUGCCUCAUGGAAGCCCUCAUCGCCGGCGAGAACCGCACCGGACCCGGUGAAGUCAAGCGAUCGCAGUGCCCCGUCUGCCGCAAGAACAUCAGUCGGACAAAGGCUACCGACGUUAUCCCGCUGCUGCUCAAGAAAGGCCUGGCCACACAGCCACGGAGGAAGCCAGGUGCGAUAGCUCCUGCCGCAAGGGUAAAAUAA